AUGACUUCAGAGUCCAUAAUUAUCCGAUCAUCUGAAGCCAUGCAGCAGAAAUUUGAGUUUAUCGGUUACUACCCCCAGACGCCGAGGCAAUAUCAUUUAAUGCCACCGAAGGAAGCAAGCAAGCAGGUUGCAUCUUGCACAUCUUUCUCUUGCAGGGAGUUUGCACGUUGGAAGGUGAGGAACACAGCCAUUGAGCGGCGGGAUCUGAUCAGCAAUCCCGUACCCCUCAUGCCCGAGUUCCAGAGGAGCAUGAGGCUUCUGGGACGGCGUCCGUCCACACAGCACUUCAUCGACACCAUCAUCAAGAAAUAUGGUACUCACAUCCUCAUCUCGGCUACGCUCGGAGGUGAGGAGGCUCUCACCAUGUACAUGGCAAAGAACAAGCUGGACAGGAAGAUGGUGAACGCAACGCAGGGGGUGGAAGCGCUGCACCAACUCGCCUCGUCUUACUUCAUCGACCGCGACGGCACCAUGCGCAAACUCCACGAGAUCCAGAUCUCCAGCAAUGCCAUCAAGGUAACGGAGACGAGGACCGGGCCUCUCGGUUGCAGCACCUACGAUAACCUGGACUCGGUGAGCUCGGUGCUGCUGCAGAGUCCAGAGAGCAAACUACACCUGCAAGGUCUCCAGGUGAUUCUUCCUGAGUACCUGCAGGAGAAGUUUGUGCAGUCUGCUUUAAGCUACAUCAUGUGCAACGGCGAGGGAGAGUAUGUGUGUCGCAGCAACCAGUGCAUCUGCCAGUGCGCUGAUGAAUUCCCACAAUGCAACUGUCCCACCACCGACCUGCAGAUCAUGGAGAACACGCUCCGGGGAAUGUCCGAGUCCUGGGCGGCUUCCUACAAGGACUUCGAAAACUCAGAUGAGUUCAAGUCGUUCCUAAAGCGUCUGCCCUCCACACACUUCCUGCCAGUGAGCAGUGUUCACCUGCUGUGGGGGAGCGACUGGGACCUGCAGGCUCGUUACCGGCUGCUUCAGAGCUCCCUCGAGGUCCUGAGGCUGAAGAUUCAGCGCACGGCACGUAAACUGUUCAGCCUUAGCAUCCGCUGUCAUCACAACCCCAACCAUCAGAUGCCGAGAGAGAGGUCUGUUCUGCAGUGGCUGAACCGGGUGCAGUCCUUCCUCUACUGCAAUGAGAAUGGCUUCUGGGGCACCUUCCUGGAGAGCCAGCGCACGUGCGUUUGCCACACGGGCAUCACUUUGUGCCAGCGUCCUAUCCCGUGCGUGAUCGGCGGCAACAACAGUUGUGCCAUGUGCAGUUUGGCUAACAUAUCUCAGUGCGGCUCGUGCAACAAGGGCUACAAGCUGUACCGUGGGCGCUGCGAACCGCAAAACGUGGACUCGGAGCGUAGCGAGCAGUUCAUCAGUUUCGAGACGGAUCUGGACUUUCAGGACUUGGAGCUGAAGUACCUGUUGCAGAAGAUGGACUCGCGCUUGUACAUCCACACCACUUUCAUCAGCAACGAGGUGCGUCUGGAGACCUUCUUCGACCCGCGCUGGCGCAAACGCAUGUCUCUGACGUUGAAGAGCAACAAGAACCGCAUGGACUACCUGCACAUGAUGGUGGGCUUGUCUAUGAAGAUUUGUCAGAUGCGGAACAGCAGCAUGGACCCCAUGUUCUUUGUUUACGUCAACCCAUUCAGCGGAAGCCACUCGGAAGGAUGGAGCAUGCCGUUCGGUGAACAUGGGUACCCCCGCUGGGAGAAGGUCCGGCUCCAGAACUCGCAAUGUUUCAACUGGACCCUGAUGUUGGGAAACCGCUGGAAGACCUUCUUUGAGACGGUGCACAUCUACCUGCGCAGUCGUGCCAAGGUGCCCACUGUCCUGCGCAACGACACCGGCCAUGGCCCCGUAGACCUCUCCGACCCAAACAAGCGCCAGAUCUAUAUAAAGAUCUCUGACAUCCAGGUGUUCGGCUACAGCUUGCGCUUCAACUCCGACCUUCUCCGGAGUGCCGUCCAGCAGGUCAACCAGUCCUACACGCAAGGGACGCAGUUUUACUCAUCCUCGUCCAUCAUGCUUCUGCUCCUGGAUAUCAGGGACAGGAUUAACCGCCUGGCCCCUCCGGCGGCGCCUGGUAAACCCCAGCUAGACCUGUUCUCCUGUAUGCUCAAGCACCGACUCAAGCUCAACAACAGCGAGAUGAUCCGUGUCAAUCACGCACUGGACAUGUACAACACGGAGAUCUUGAAACAGUCGGACCAUCUGACUACCAAACUUUGCUGAAAGUUAAACGCUAACAAAAGGUGCAAACUCGCCACCGAGCAACAUUCGGAGAGGACGUACAACGAUUCUUUUUAUUUCCCUUUCCUUUGGGACUUUUUUUGCUUUUUUGAUGUACUAUUAACAACUUUGUAAGUGUAAUUGUUAAAUAAGAAACUAAAAAUACAGAGAUUAAGCCUUUUAGUUCACUGCUGAAGGAAGAGAAAAAAAAAUGAACAUGACUGUACCAUAUUUGUCCGAGCAUGUCUGUCACUUCCAAAUGGAUCAUUAAAAGAAAAGAAAAAAAAAUGACACACAUAAAUAUAUAAAUAUAUAUUAAUAAAUUCAACAUCCGAUGAUGACAAAGAGGCCUUGAUAUUACUCAGAGGGAACAAAGGUCCAUCUGAAACUGCCAUUCUUUACUGGGUAAGGUUUGUAGAGAAUCAGCGAAGCGGACGAGAGAUUCUUUUAAUUUGAAGACUUUCAGCAUACAGAGCAUCUCGCUAGUCUUAGGUCCGUCCGGUUUAAAGACGACAGGAAGUCAUUAUCUGUAUAGCGUUCCUUCUUCCUCUGUUUAAUCGUCCCUCUGAGUGUGCUUGGCAUGAUACAAGGCAGAAAGGAAACAUUCUCCACUAAAACAGCUGUUUAUAGCUCCAGUUGUGUUGACGCCUAACGCUAAUCGCUGCUUGCUAGUCGCUCACGUCAUUUGAGAACGAGCGACCGAAGCUGAUCCUGAUUUAUUUUGCUUUGUGACCGAGAGCGAUUUGUCUGUGGUUUUGAAGGUGAGCGAUCAAUUCUAAAAAAAAAAAAAAGAAAGAAAGAAAGAAAAAAAGAAAGAAAGAAAGAAAGAAAAACAUCCUGCCUGAAACUUCUGACAUGUCAAUGUUUUGAAAUGUUUUAUUUAUUUUUCAUUUUGACUGAUUUUAGUCCGUUACACUUGCGAGAGACGACAUAAAGCCAUAUUUCCCAGGGGAAUAAAAAUGAUAGGCUUGUACGCAUUUAUUUUGAGAAUGAUUUCCUAUCCAGGAAGUUUGUACUGUAUAGUAACGUAGCGGUCCACGAUCACGGAGUACGAAGACGUCGGAUCGCCGCGGCGUUUUCCCGAAGCCAGAUGUGGAGUACAUGUGAAACGACUUCAUGUUGAGUUUAGCCUCGCAUUCGACUCUAUGAUGUGACUUCUUUUUUGGAACUCUUUCUUUUUUUGUACGUUCGUAGUUCGGUUUCUGUCAAACUGAUUCCCAUGUCAUCCUUAAGAUCUCUUACUAUUAUUAUUAUUAUUAUUAUUAUUAUUAUUAUUAUUAUUAGUUAUUAAUUCCCAUUCAGUCUUAUUAAGUGCCUGCUACCUAUCCCUUUAACCAUUUCCACGAAGGUUCCAUGACAUCCUCUUUUCUCGUAUCUCACGUUUCUUCGUGCGUCAGUAAAAAGGGCAGACAGGAAGUUUUGUCCACAUCCUCUCUGUAUUCUGCAUGUAUUUAUAGGAGACUUGAGUCACCUCCUUUGCUGAAAACAUUUAAAGAUGUAUAUUAUGUGUAAAUAGCUUCAUUGCCUUGGUAUAGCCAUGAACGUGAGACUUGACGGCUUUUCUUAGGUCACCGCCAGUUUUUUUCAGCCACGGCAACUCGAGCACAAGACGACGGAUGGAUUGCGAGUCGCUGGGUUAAUUUAUUGAAGUUGAAGGAAAAAUCACCAGCCGGUGCCGAACGCCACCCUUACGACCUCCCUCACCCAUGCAUACAAGCACAUACACUGUCCUUUCGUACGCCUCUUACAGAACGAUGUAGAAUGUGUGACACGAGUGCCGCAUCGCGGUACGCCGCCUCGUGGUACGCCACCUCAUGGUACGCCACCUCGCGGUAUGCUGCCUCGCGGUACGCCACCCUGCGGUACACCACCUCGCCAUGGGUCUGAUCGGCAAACAGCUUUCACUACCUUGUCUAUGUAAUUUCUGCUGUUCUGUUGGAAAAAGAAAGAAAAAAAAAACUAUAAUCAGCUUUCUUCAAAUGAAUGUUUCAUAUAAUAAUCUAUUUCUCAUUAAAAAUGCUAUAUUUAAUACGAAGAGCCGUGCUUGUCUCUACCACUUCCAAGCAGCUUCUGCAUUAACAUCACUGAGCCAUGAGGGAUGAAUAUUUCAUCAUCAUUUUCCUUCAUUUUUAUUUCCAGGACACAAUAAAUUUCACAAUAAAGGUUCGAAGCGUUCGAGCGCUACAACCGUUUCCUACAACAUCAGAGAAUUCAGACGCAAAUAUACAACUUUAUUUCGCUUAUAUUCAUUUUGUUUUGGUUAAUAGUUCACAGUGUGUGAUACGCAGUAUAUAAAUCUGUUUGCUAGCCAUUUUGACUAGCGAUAUUUAUUGAUAAUUUACAGAAAACACACCACGGUUUUUCACGCCACGUUUGACGUCGUGUUAUCGUGGUUUUAAACCCUGAGUACACGAUGGUGUAAUUCACACCUGUGAUGUAGAAGCGGUGUUACGGUGUUAACUCCACAUCACGAUGCCGAACGUGUACAGUGAGAAACGAUGCUGUUAGGAUGUUACGGCUGGUCGCUUAGCAACAGAAACCCGAUCAGAAAGUGAGCAGAGUGUGUGAGGUUAAAACCAGGAAGUAGCUGAACAUCACUGAACAAAAACGGCUUGGUAGAAAGAGUCGGGAGACAAAACACACUGCGAACAUGACGGAAGUGCUCUCCGGCACGAGGGGGAAAUACGGCACACCGAGAAAUUAGAGGGUCCGAUUCUCGCCUCCGCCUUGUGUGUGUGGAGUUUCCAUGUUCUCCCCGAGCCUCGGGGGUUUCCUCCGGGUACUCCGGUUUCCUCACCCGGUCCAAAGACAUGCAUGGUAGGUUGAUUGGCAU